AAGGCGGGGCGGGCGCGGGGCGGGCCUUCCGGGGCGGCGGUUGCAUCAGAUUCUGGGAAGCUGUCUCCGCGGCGGCGGUGCCCCAGUUCCUACGAUGGCAGGUUCCUCCGGGGAGCAGGCUCCCGACUACAGGUCCAUCCUGAGCGUUAGUGACGAGGCGGCCAGGGUGCAGGCCCUGAACGAGCACCUCAGCACGCGUAGCUAUAUCCAGGGGUACUCCCUGUCCCAGGCAGACGUGGACGUGUUCAGGCAGCUCUCGGCCCCUCCCGCUGACGCACCCCUCUUCCACGUGGCCCGGUGGUUCAGGCACAUAGAAGCGAUCCUGGGCGCCCCCCACAGCAGAGGCGAGCCCGGUGGGCACCAAGCAAGUAAAGGCCGGCGGGCACAGCCUCAGUGGUCUCCUCCAUCCGGGUCCGAGUCAUGCAAGCUCCGCCUGUACAACAGCCUCACUCGGAGCAAGGACGUGUUUCUACCUCAAAACGGGAGAAGGGUGACAUGGUACUGCUGCGGUCCGACCGUUUAUGAUGCAUCUCACAUGGGCCAUGCCAGGUCCUACAUCUCGUUCGACAUCCUGAGAAGAGUGCUGAGGGACUACUUCAAGUAUGACGUCUUCUACUGCAUGAACAUCACGGAUAUUGAUGAUAAGGUAAGGAGUUCUGGAGCGGACAGCUUACAGCAGAUGGUAGGAAGGAGGCCCACGGCCUUAGGAACACUUCUCAUGCCCACUUUACACCGGAGACACGGAGGCCCACGACAGAGACUGCCCAGGCCAGGGCCUUUGUCUCAGCUCCCUCCUGCCUCUGGAGGCGAAGCCUGGACAGCACCUGAAGGACCCAGGUGGCAGUGGGAGACGCCAGCCUCCCUUGCUCGGUCAGGCUGCAAGCGGCUGUUUUCAGCAAAAUUGAGCGAGACCAUGGACCCUGCCAAAAAGCAGAUGCUGGAACGCAUUCAGCGCACAGUGGAGCUCGCCGCAGAGCCGCUGCAGAGAGCCAUGGAGGCGGGCCUCACCGCAGAGGGCAACGACAGCUGUGUGGAGGUAUUGUUGGAAGAAGCCAAGGAUUUGCUUUCUGACUGGCUGGACUCCACACUUGGCAGUGAGGUGACUGACAAUUCCAUCUUCUCCCAGCUGCCCAAGUUCUGGGAAGGGGAGUUCCACAAGGACAUGGAGGCCCUGAACGUUCUCCCUCCCGACGUCUUAACCCGAGUUAGUGAGUACGUGCCCGAGAUCGUGAGCUUCGUCCAGAAGAUUGUAGACAACGGUUACGGCUAUGCUUCCAACGGGUCCAUCUACUUUGACACGGUGAAGUUUGCUUCUAGUGAGGGGCACUCGUACGGGAAGCUGGUGCCUGAGGCUGUUGGGGACCAGAGAGCCCUGCAGGAGGGAGAAGGAGACCUGAGCAUCUCGGCAGACCGCCUGAGUGAGAAGCGGUCCCCCAGCGACUUCGCCCUGUGGAAAGCCUCCAAGCCGGGGGAGCCAUCCUGGCCGUGCCCCUGGGGAAGGGGGCGCCCAGGGUGGCACAUCGAAUGCUCUGCCAUGGCAAGCACCCUCCUUGGAGCCUCGAUGGACAUUCACGGAGGAGGCUUCGACCUCCGGUUCCCCCACCAUGAUAAUGAGCUGGCGCAGUCAGAGGCCUACUUUGAAAAUGACUGCUGGGUCAGGUACUUCCUGCACACGGGCCACCUGACGAUCGCAGGCUGCAAAAUGUCCAAAUCACUCAAAAACUUCAUCACCAUUAAAGAUGCCUUGAAGAAGCAUUCAGCGCGGCAGCUGAGGCUGGCCUUCCUCAUGCACUCCUGGAAGGACACGCUGGACUAUUCGAGCAACACCAUGGAGUCUGCGCUUCAGUAUGAGAAGCUCAUGAACGAGUUUUUCUUAAAUGUGAAAGACAUCCUUCGAGCUCCUGUUGAUGUGACCGGUCAGUUUGAGAAGUGGGAAGAUGAAGAGGCGGUGCUGAAUAAGUGCUUCUACAACAAGAAGAUGGCAGUGCAUGAAGCCCUGUGUGACAACAUUGACACGCGCACUGUCUUGGAAGAAAUGCGGGCCCUGGUGGGCCAGUGCAACCUCUACAUGGCGGCCCGGAAGGCCGCGAGAAGGCGGCCUAACCGUGCUGUGCUGCAGAGCAUCGCGCAGUACCUCACCCACAUGCUGAAGGUCUUCGGGGCCAUAGAAGAGGAAAGCUCCCUGGGCUUCCCAGUGAGGGGACCUGGAACCAGCCCGAACCUCGAGGCCACGGUCAUGCCAUACCUCCAGGUGCUGUCGGAAUUCAGAGAAGGUGUGAGGAGGAUUGCCCGAGAGCAGCAAGUCCCUGAGGUCCUUGAGCUCAGUGACGCUCUGCGGGACAACAUCCUGCCCGAGCUUGGGGUGCGGCUUGAAGAUCAUGAAGGAUUACCGACUGUGGUCAAGCUGGGGGACAGAGAAACCCUACUGAGAGAGCGAGAGGAAAAGAAAAGGAUUGAAGAAGAGAAGAAGAGGAAGAAAGAGGAGGCUGCCAGGAGAAAACAGGAGCAAGAAGCAGCCAAGCUGGCCAAGAUGAGGAUUCCACCCCGUGAGAUGUUCUUGUCAGAAAGUGACAAAUAUUCCAGGUUUGAUGAAAAUGGUCUGCCCACACAUGACACAGAAGGCAAAGAGCUGAGCAAAGGACAAGCCAAGAAGCUGAAGAAGCUCUUUGAUGCGCAGGAGAAGCUCUACAAGGAGUACAUGCAGAUGGUUCAGAAUGGAGCCUGCAAAUGAAAAGGUAUUUCCUGGCUGUGUAGACGGAGGGGGACGAGCCUCAUUGCCGUGAGCACCCCAGAGCCAGAACCGAGGCACCCUCUCCUUGGAGAAGCGGCCCUUCCAGGUCUGGAGCGAGAGCACAAGGAGACUUUGAGUCAUCUGGUGCCCCAGAAGGGAAGCUCUGAGACUAACGAGUCAUGUCAGAAGGACAGAGGGACAGACUAGUGACAGAGCCGGAUGGAUCUCAGUGACAUUGUGCCGAGUGGAAAAGCCAGCCUCGGAGGGUCGUGUGGUGCAUGAGUCCAUUUAGAUGGCAUUCCCAGGGCACCAAAACUAUAGGGGUGGAGAGUGGAUCAGGGGUGCCAGGGGUUAGGGGUGGGGGCUAGCGAGAAAGGACAGCAGGAGGGGUCCUUGUGGAAGGGGGUGCAGCUCUGGGCCUUGGCUGCGGAGGUGCUAUCUGGGUGGGGCCAGAGACUCCAUGUUCCCUCCCAUCUCCCAGGUGGCGACUGAGCCGCUGGCCGGGCCCCUUGAGGAGCAAGGCAGUCCAUCUCACUUCCUGUGGCAUGCAGCCCCGGGCACAGGGGCACAGGCAGGGAGGCCGCCCAGCAGCAAGCAGGUCCUCCAGAAGGCAGGGCACUCCACAGGGCCCCGAGCUAGGUCUGCAAGGAGGCCCUGUGGAGGCCGCGGUUGUGGGUGGAGACUUGAGAAGCGGCCACCAUGCACAGCCUCCAAGCCUCAAUUGAACAACCAGCCACAGGCCUUAGGGAAAAUGUGCGUCGGGACUGGGUCUGGUGUGAUAGUAAGGAAUUUUGAUUAAUUUUGUUAGUGUGAUCAUGGCACUUGUGUCCACAAAUGUCCUUUAUAGGGGACAAAGUGGCUUGAGGCCCUUACUCAGUGUUAUUCAGCCAGGAAAGCUGCUGAAGCAGAUUGUGCAGUGCUUGCUGUGUUGGGUGCGUAGCUAGGUCACCUCAACACCAUUCGGGGUUCCUGACCAAAUGUUCUUCGUCACAUGCCACCAGGAAGUGCUCUUGUCUUUAGUGCAGGACGCGGGCCCUGCCCUGCCUGGACACUUGGAGAGCCGGAGUGCCUGGGCUGGUGGUCUGGGGGGCCAGGCUGUGGCCUAUGGCUUUGUGUCCUCAGGAGGGUCCCUCUGGCACCCUUACAGGUCUUCACCAUCCCACCCUGCACUCUGUCUUUGUGCAGUGGAUCCUUUUGGAACAAGAUAGGGUGGGAAAUGUUUUAACUUGUAUGAUAUUAAUUUGUGAGAAGUGUGUACAUGAAACCUCUUCCAGCUUAAGGAGCCGGAUUUGUCUUCCCACUGCUCCCCAAAGAGAAGUCUUUGAUGUUUUCAUUAUAAAAAUAAUCAGAUUCACUAUUUAAAAAUCAAAUCAUGCAGAAAAUGAUCCGUGUAAAGUAGAGACUGUGUCCCAGGAAGGCCCUCUCAGAGAGCCUCUAAGAGCCUGGGGACUGCCUCCCAGACCCCUUCCUUCUCAGUGGGUGAGGAUUCCAGAUACCCUGUGUCAUGCAUCCCUCUCUGUUGCACAGGACAUGCUGUGGAUGUUUCCUGAUGUCAAUACAUGAGAGAUCUGCUUCAUCA